UUCUUAAUGGUUGGAAGAUAGAUAAAGGUCCAUGUCCAUUAUGUACAACAGCAGAUAAAGGAUCAGAUGUUACGAUUGAAAGAAAACAAUUAAUUCAGCAGACGAAAAAACCAGAAAUGUUUGGGAAAUGGACAGCAGAAGUUUACGAUCAGAAUGGGACCGCAUCAUAUAUUGAUAAAACAACAACAGUAAAUAAUGUUUCUACAGACGUGGUACUCAUUGUAGGUGAAAAAGAAGGAUGGGAAUUGAUAGGUUCCGAAAUGUCUCUGGACUUUGAUUACACUGAAAAUGAAUUCGAUAUGAAGUUUAGAAGCCUUAUCGAUAACUAUAUGACACUUUUACCGGCACUGUCCUUCAUCAACCUUCAAGUAAAGGUGGACCCAGGGAUAAGAAAUGAUACAAACAGAACCAAUACAAGUCCCGUUGUUCUUGUCAAACCACUAUAUAGCUUAGAACUUGGAAAGAUACACACGAUACACCUGACAUCUGUUGACAAUGAUGGAGAUGCAAUACGCUGUGAUAAAGCUUUAUACGAGGAGUCUUCAGGCAUGGGAUCAUUUGUAGAGAACUUAAAAAACCAAAAUAUUUUCUCUCUUGAUCGAGUGAAAUGUGUCAUGAAAAUCUCAGUCAAUCAGCGAUAUUUUAACGAAAGCGACACAUUUGGUGUAGCAAUCACAGUGAAAGACUACAGCAAACACAAUAUUACAAUUCAGGGCACAGCUUUGUUCCCAUACAUAAGUGUUCUGGGAAGAGUUGUUGUCAUGAUGUAUUUCAAAAUAACUGGGAGAACAGAUCCACCUGAAAUUAUACCACCCACUCCAAGUAAUAACCAGGAGUAUACUAUUUAUGUUGGAGGAGAUUUUCAUGUCGAUGUGUACGCCGAAGCAUCAGCUGGAAAGCAUAUAACACGAUUUGAUUUUCUUCGACGAGAUGGAAAACCUGUCAACCACACGGGCAUUCAACCUGCAGCUAAUAUCAGUAGUAAUGCUGUAUUUAUAUCGAUGUCCUGGUCUCCGACAGAAGUAGAAAAAGGACAUCAUAUUCUAUGUGCAAAUGCUGAAGAUAACCAAGGAAUAAUGACUGUGGAUUUACACUGCUUCCGCAUCCUGGUCAAAGAAAAUAUAUUUCGACCAACAACUCCCGAAAUAGGAAAGCCAUACUUUGUUUCAUUCCCAGAGCCAACGGAUUUAUCAUGCAAAAAUGGCACAUAUUGUCGAUUUCCUGUCUAUGCCUUCUCUUCGAAUUCCGGAGGCAUCACAAAUAUCGUUAGCACACCUAAAAGCGAGGAAAUUGUGACCAUUCAAUACAGCAGGGAACUCAUCAACGGCACAAUCGACGCUAAAGUUGCCCAAGUAGAAUUUCUUGCAAGUCAGGCUGGUGCUCGCCAAAUUUGUUUAAAAGCAUUAGACAGUUUGGCGUACGCCGAGAGAUGUCUCUAUGUUACAGUAGAACUACCAGAUCCCUGUGCUUCAGAUCCUUGUCAACAUUCUGGACAAUGUUAUUCAUUUGAUAACAAUACGAAAUAUACUUGUUCAUGUACAGACGACUUCACUGGGUUACAAUGUGAGAAGAAGAGGGAUUUUUGUGAUCCAAACCCUUGUCUUUUUAACGGACAGUGUACAAGUGUUCAAUUCAAGCCAUUUUUCUUCUGUACUUGUAUAAAUAAUAGUACGGGAGAUAUAUGUCAAAUUGGUCCAAUAUUUAGCCAAGGAGUAAAUACAUUGACAACAUCUAGCCAAGGAGUAAUUACACUGACAACAUCUAGCCAAGGAGUAAAUACACUGAAAACAUAUAGCCAAGGAGUAAAUACACCAACAACAUCUAGCCAAGGAGUAAAUACACCGACAACAUCUAGCCAGGGAAUAAAUACACCCAUAACAUCUAGCCAAGGAGUAAAUACACCGACAACAUCUGGACAAGGAGUAAAUACACCGACAACAUCUAGCCAAGGAAUAAAUACACCGACAACAUCUAGCCAGGGAAUAAAUACACCGACAACAUCUAGCCAAGGAGUAAAUACACCGACAACAUCUAGCAUAGGAGUAAAUACACCAUCAACAUCUAGCCAAGGAGUAAAUACACCGACACCAUCUAGCCAAGGAGUAAAUACAGCGAAAACAUCUGGUCAAGGAGUAAAUACACCAACAACAUCUAGCCAAGGAGUAAAUACACCAACAACAUCUAGCCAAGGAGUUAAUACACCGACAACAUCUGGACAAGGAGUAAAUACACCGACAAAGUCUGGUCUAGGAAUCAAUACACCGACAAAACCUGCACAAGGAGUAAAUACACCGACAACAUCUGGUCUAGGAGUAAAUACACCGACAACAUCUGGUCUAGGAAUAAAUACACCGACAACAUCUGGUCAUGGACUUAAUAAACCACAGACAUCUGAUCACUAUCAAACAAAUCAAACAGUUUCAAACUCUGGUGCACGCUUACACUCAUCUACAACUAGUGGUUUACAUAUUUCUAACUAUUCAGGUGUUAGUACACAAUUGACAACAAAGAUACAGAACCCCACAGCAACAGGAACGACACCAAUGAGUCAUUGUAAUUCUAUGAAAGUGAAAGAAAGAGCGACAAAUGGACGAGUUGAAUGUUUUUGUCCUCAUCCAAGCUCAGAUAUAAGAAUAAAAGUCAUAACUUUGAACCCAAGAGUUUCAUUAGAGAGGUUGUUACUGGCGGCGGGCCUUGGAUCAGGAGCUAUGAUCAUAAUCCUUGGAUUGGUUGCUCUGUUAUACGUCAUCACUCAAAAAUGUUCCAGUCCACACAAGACACACACUGAGCUUAAUCCAGAAGAAAACCAACCAAUAAAGAAAAUAAGCACUGUUAGCAUGACUGACAAAAAGAAAUAG